CUCACUGAAUUUUUAUAACUAUUGUGACUGACAUUAAGGUCUAAAUAAUUCUUUAUCUUUCAUGUCAAAUCGUGAUGUUCCGAUAAGAAAGGUAUCUGGUAGUUAUAGAAGAUUGGAGACGUAGUAAAAAUGGAAACUCAUCUUGCUUUAGUAUUGUUAUUUUCGGUGUCAGCAUUGUCAGCGACUGCCAGUGACAUUUGCAUCUGUAACAAAGCUGCAAACUUACUCCCUGUCUUUGAUCAAGACCAGGAAAUAAUUGGCGACUUGAAGCCGAAUGAUUGCAAAGCUUAUGUUAUUCAAAAUAAUGUAGAUCAAGGAUGGUUGACAGUAGAGUUCAACGGAAAGACAGGAUAUGUUAAACAGCAUGACGUCAUUGCUGAUCUUUGCAUGAAAACGCAAUAUGAAGGUCUAGAUCCCACAGAUAUGCCAGUUACUGAUAUACCUGUCAUGCCUGUACAGGGUGUCAACAAUACUGUGAUUACAAAUAUAACAUAUAUAACUAACAUCACCAACAUUGUCAACACCAACACAACUACCAAUACUGGAAACAAUACCCACGUGCAUGGUAACAUAUCACUGUCACAUGCAUUACUAGGCAACCCAAAAUUGUGUCCACCAUACGUAAUACAAGGGGCUCACAAUAACGGAUACGUGUUAACUCAACACGGUCAUGCUUGCUACGAGAUAUGUUCAGAUAGGGUGGGCUGGAACCAUGCACAGAUGUUAUGUAAGGAACGCGGCGGACACCUGGUCACCAUACAUAAUGACAAAGAGAACACGUACUUACAGCACCUACUUAAUCAUACCUAUGUGCAUAAAGUUUGGAUUGGACUUAAUGAUAAGGCUCACGAGGAACAUUUUAAAUGGGUUACAGGUGAGAACGAUACAUACAUGCACUGGAAGCCUCAUCAUAGGAAGAGUCCGGACCACAAUCAUGAGGACUGUGUUGUAAUGUUCUCCAAUGGAUAUUGGGACGAUGUAGCAUGCGGUAUGCAUGCAUCAAACGGCACACAUCAUAAUUAUGCCUAUGUUUGUGAAUACGUUGCUCAUAACAACGCCCAUAUCAUCGGAUGAUUGUGAUAAUUUCGUAUCUGAACUAGUAGAAUCUUUUCUAAAUACAUAAUUUUAGAACUGUU